GGGGAUGAUAAGGAUGACGCACGCGCGGACCUAUCGACCCGCGAACCCUCCGGGUAACACCCUCGCGAUUCUCGGCUGAGGCUCACUGCUUCACCGGCAAACUAGUGGGUAGUACACGCACGCGACACAGAUUUCAACUUGGAUUGUUUAGUUUCUCCUUCCUCACCUCUCUUAUUUCAUCCUUUCCUUUCGGAUUAUCUUACGUUGAAGUUUCUUCCGCAACUGAAAGACAAAGAGAAACGCAAACAUCGAACCGGCGGAUCAUCGAACGAGAGCGAAUCCGAGCGAGCCAUCGGGCAACCCUUGCCGAGCGAUUCGUCUCUGCCGAAAAGGGGCUGGUGAGAAGUUCGCGACCGCGAACGUUGAGGAACCGAGACCAGAAAACCGGGGGCCCGCGUUUGGAAGACGAAGUCUGCGUUAACCAGCAAGAUUACCGGCCGCGGCGGUUGCGCCAAAUAUUGUGGUACAGCUCCAUCACCCGGCAACAUUUCAUUCUCCAGCUUUCGGCAGUCCUUCACCUCAAAUGUUAACUACCUGAAACGGAGUUUGUCUUCCAGGUUCUCGUCAGGGGAUUUGAGCUCGGAGCUCGACGAUGAACCAAGCACCGACUCCGGGCUGGCCUCCAUGGCCAGGGAUUCGUCCCAAUCGUAUCAAGCAGUGCCGGAAAGGCCGUUGCAGUCACAGCCGACCCCUGUACCGCCAGCCAGCCAGCCACCGGUGCCAGGCGCACCGCCUACCAGGCCAACCCAACCCGUCGGCGGCGAUCUAAGCCUCAACCUGAGGCCCGGCUCGAAGACUACUAGCGCCCCGUCGUCGCCGGCGAAAACCCGGGAAAGCUUGCUCCAGAGGGUUCAAAGCUUGACCGGGGCUGCUCGCGACCAGGGUGCGUCUAUUCUGGGAGCGGCAGUGUCUGGCGCGACGAGAGGCCCGUCUUACAACAAAGAUCGAUGUUUCAUUCUCCUGGUGAUCGACGAUCAAAACACCGACUGGAGCAAGUACUUCCGGGGCCGCAGACUCCAUGGCGAUUAUGAGAUCCGCGUGGAACAAGCGGAGUUUCGGGAAUUGUCGCUGACAGCGAGCGAGGCUGGCACUGUGGUCUCUAUGGCAGUUUAUCGUAACGGGACCAAAGUCAUCAGAUCCUUCAAACCUGACUUUGUCCUGAUACGACAGAACUUGAAGGACGCAGGGGAAGACUACAAGAAUCUCCUUCUCGGUUUGAUGUACGGCGGUGUCCCGAGUAUUAACAAUCUUACUGCAAUUUACAACUUCCAGGAUAAACCAUGGGUGUUCGCGCACCUCGUGGGACUCCAGCGUCGACUGGGAAAAGAAAACUUCCCCCUGAUCGAGCAGACGUACUACCCUAACCACCGUGAAAUGGUGAGCGCAUCUCGUUAUCCAGUCGUGGUGAAACUUGGCCACGCCCACGGCGGAGUGGGAAAAGCCCGUGCCGAGACGAAUCAAGAGUUUCUGGAUCUCGCCUCGUUGGCUGCUCUGGCGAACACCUACUGCACGUCGGAGCCGUACGUCGACACUAAGUACGACGUGCACGUGCAGAAAAUAGGCAAUAACUACAAGGCGUUCAUGCGGAAGAGCAUAAGCGGAAACUGGAAGUCGAACACCGGUUCGGCGAUGUUGGAGCAAUUAGCGGUGAGCGAGAGACAUCGCGCCUGGAUCGAUCACGUGGCCCAAUUGUUCGGCGGAUUGGAUAUCUGCGCAAUCGAGCUGCUGGUCGGGAGGGACGGUCGGGAAUAUAUAAUUGAGGUGAACGACAGCGCUCUGUCGUUAAUGGGCGACUCGCAGGAGGAAGAUCGUCGUCAGAUCGCUGAUCUUGUUACUGCAAAGAUGCAGGCAUGCUGCCGACCUCCAAGCGUGUUAACGAAAACGGCGUCUAGAGGGUCAAUGUCUGGCUCCAGUCAGGCAACAAGUCCCGUUGAAGAUCGCACAGCACCACCAACUGCACCGUUGGGAUCGCACGGAAGCAUGGGAUCCAUGGGAAGCAUAGGAAGCCUAGGGUCCGUCGGGUCUACAACUGCAAUGCCGGCUGACACUAGCACCGACAGCCAUCAACUGCAACGCCGUGAUUCUCAAGCAUCGCAAUCGAGUACAGUGAGCAGCGCUCCCUCCGUCGGACGACGUCCAGAAGAUCCGCCGCCAACAUCUAAAGUACCUUUCCACCGGCAAGGCAGCCAGUCGCAAAACGAAGACUCCGAAGACACCAUGAAGAACCUUCGGAAGACGUUCGCCGGUAUCUUCGGCGACAUGUAAAUUCAUCGAACGAAAGUACUGGUGCAAAGGAGAUUCUCCUCAAGCUUGUUUAUGUUAAAGCUAAGAGCAAGUCACGCAAGGUGCAACUCAGUUAAAAUCUAUAAUAACGUAUCAUUACUUUACAUAUCUUCUACAAUGAUCUGUUGCUGGUUGUAAGAUUCUAUUUACAAUAUUGGGCUGGCCUGAUUUAGAUUAGCUUGUACACCGAUUCUUAUUCCAAGAAAUGUUGAAAAGGUUUGUUCGAACGUGAACGGGACCCUCUUAUAUAUUUGCAGAUCACCGAGCGCGAAUUAAACGACGCUAGCGUCUCGCACGGGACGCGAUGUAACGAUGUAAAUUUUGCUAACGGUCCACGGCGAUGUGUAUAAACAUAAACAUAACACAUUAACCGUUUCGUUUUCGAUUAACGAAUUCGUCUUUUACCUAAUACCACUAUAUUCUCUUUAAAUGAACGUUCAAGUAGAUCGAUCGUUUGUUUCUACAUCAUUUCCACUAUUUGUUCGUUCGACGAUUUUUCAUUCGUUUUUAUCGAUUUCUCUUGAGUAUUUGCUGUGUUUCUUUGGGAUCAAAAUUAACUACGUGUUUCGGUAACGGGGGGGUUGAAGAAAAAUUUACGGGGAUGAAAGAUAAAGUCGUGGUCGUUUAUGUAUAUUAAUGAAGAAUGAAGAAAGGUACUAUGUAGGUUCUAUGUAUUCGAUGUAUUCAGCAUUUAAAUAGUGGCUAAGAAGAAUUCUCAGGUUAAAAACGAUAAAUAAUAUACUUUUUCCGAGCGUCCGGUUAUGUUUCGUUACCAUCGACGUAAUCCGUUCUGCACACACACACUCUCGUCUCGGUUACGGGAACGCCGCCACUUGGUUUUCGAUUCAGAAUAGGAAGCAAAACGAUACAGAAUACGAGAAACAAUAACCAUAGGCCCCUGUCAUCUCCUCAUCCGACUUUACUUCCGGCAAUCCACCAUUUUUAGGCUUAACUUUCGAUUAUAGAGCAUUGUCUAAAAGGAAACGCAAGAAGAAGGGGCAAGUGUAGGCGUGGGACACGAGGGUAAUGGUGAAAAAUAGCGAAACACGAGGGUAGAAAUCAAUGUGACGAAGAUCGCUGAGGGAACAGGGGGUGGGGUGAAGAAAAGGUCUCGCUGGUGAAAAUAUUUGUAAAAUUGUUAAAAAGAAAAAAAAGAGUAUUUGUAAACCGACAUCAUUCAAUAUGAUUGAGGAAAACAAAAAAAAAGAGGAGAUUCGGGCAUUAUACAGAAACAUUUCGAGCUGGAGACGUGACAACGGAUCGAUCGCCGACGACGAAGACGACGACAGACGAACGAUAACGACGUCGGCCGGAAGAACCCGCGAUCCGCGUGUCCGUGCCCCAAGCGCACAAAUAGACAUUAAGCUUUUCGACGGCGGGACAGUACUUUGAUAUCGUGCAUGCGAGCAUUUUACGCAAAAUGGUUGGAACGAAACGGAACUGAACGUCGUGAGACGUGAGAAAAAAAUUCUUCCGUGGAUCGCCGGUUCGACUCACGAUAAUACUGUUUUUCGGCGGACAAAAAAAUUUUCCUUCGGCCGGCGACCGUUCGAUUUGGACGUGCUCAAAAUUCAAUUUGUCUUCGAAUAGCGCGAGCAUCUCGAUGUUGAAAACUGUCCCGGAUUCACAAAUAAAGGUAAAGAAAACGUAAAAAAAUGAAACGAAUCGUUUCUCUCCUCGGGACUUUCUCCGGAUUCUCCUUCGGCGGAAAAUUUACGGGGGACGAGAGACGUUCGUUCAUCCGUAGUGUUAAGACCGAUCACCGUGAAAUAAGAAAAAAAAAGUAAAUAAAUCAAAAUGUAAUAAACGGGUUCGUGAACUAAGGCACGGGAGGACGAAACGCGAAUAGUGGGUGACUUAAAGGUGUCGCGGGAACGGCGAAGGUGAAAGAAAAAUGAAGCAUGGGCAUUCUGAACUGUUUGCGCACGCACGCGAAUUUCGAUGCAAGCCGAAAACGUUUGAUGAUCUGCAAAUAUAUACGUACAGCGUCCGUUUCGCGGGAAUGAUAUGCGUUGCGGUUUACUUCUUUGGAACAGUACUCGUUACAGAAUCAUACGGCCGAUGAUAAAAUCGAUCGGCGAAUAAGAGAGAAAACAAAAAGAGAUAGAGAACAAGAAAGAUAAAGAAAAUGAGAGAGAGAGAGAGAGAGAGAAAGAAAGAGAGAGAUAAUAAGAAAAAAUGAAAUUCACUUUGUCCAAAUGAUCUCAAUUUACAUUAGCGUAAGGGCUGAUCAAUGUAUUAUGACGAAGACAGACCUCGUGGUGUCAGCUUCGAAAGUCAAAAUAUGAAUUCCUUCUAAUGUUUUAUUCCCUCAUCAAUUCUCAAUUAAAUGUUGGACUUUGUUCCGUUACGAGUUACUUGGAACAAUUAAUAUCGGAAGUUUCGUUGGUUAGGCAAAGAUGCGAUAGAGCACGAGUAGGACAGUAAACAGCAAGCGUCGCCUCUUUACACCGCCAUUUUGGCGUUUUUCGUGACGCGUAACCAGUUUGAAUUGCUCCGCGAACGGCAUAGACGAAGCGCCACGCAGAUACAAAAGUAAAUAUCGAUCCAUCCUCUACAGCACAAUUUUUGAUUCGACUGUUACGCCGCGCACAGAUCUCGUCUACGAAUGGUUCGUUGCUAAUUAAUCGAGUCGCACGAGUUUCAUUUCGAAGUAAUAGACGUCCGACUGGUUUGGUUAUUGAUGUGCCUUGACAACUUAAGUGCCCUUCUUGUCACCGAUUUCACUCAUUCCGAGACGGCGUGCACGCGACCGUCUCUUUUGUAACACACUUACUGCGCACUUAACCAUGAGAUCUAUUGUUUAUACUUUUUAUAUGAGAACACGUGCACCCGUUGCAUCCGCAUGGUCGCCGGCCGCUUCGCGCCCGUGCACCGCGUAAAUCGUGGAUAAGUGCUGGUACACCGUCCAAGCAUCAAACAUCAGCUGGCGAACGAAGGCGUUAGGUUCAUUUAACACGUCAAUUUCUCGAGAGGGUUUUUCCCCGCUCGGCAAGGGGAACGAUUGAAAUUACGGUACCUCGAUUUACGGAUUCGUUUCGCGUUAAUGUUUUUCGUAGGUUUAGAUUCUGUGGACUUUCGUAAGGACUGUUCAUUUCCAAGGAAACGUAGACAGGAGAUAGGCCGUAGGCGUUUUAGAGCGACGAGAAUAGGAGGUCUCCAGUGCUAGUUCGAACGGUACCUAAUUUUUCGAACACCCGCUGUCAUCCGAAACUCAAAGCGGAAACCGAACGAAAUAUCAAAAAUCGAAGGAAAAACCGGCGACUGUUGAGACUGUACUUUUGAAUAACAAUCUCCGCAACCCUUGAAGGGGUUGCAGUCGCCUGGCGAAGUGCAAAGUCCUCGGGAACGAAAAUUGUGCACACGCUUUCGGAGCUGACGCCACGACGCAGAACGAAACGAAGGCUUAAGGGCGCGUGUA